AUGUCCCUGCGGUUCGGCUCCUUCCCCGUCGUCGUCGGGUCGUCGGUCGACAUGGCGAGGCUCUUCCUCAAGACCCACGACCUGGCGUUCAUCGACCGUCCUCAGACGGCGGCCGGCAAGCUCUGCCAGGCCGAGCUCUUCAACAACGCGAGGCGGCUCACGUCGCUCGAGCACGUCCGCAGCGAGGAGGUGCGCGCCAUGGUGAGAGAUCUGCACGCCGCGGCGUCGUCGCCGUCAUCAUCGUCGGCGGCCGGUUGUUCUAGCGGCCACGUGGUGGCGCUCAAGGAGCACCUCUACAUGGUGAAUCUCAACGUGAUCUCGCGCAUGCUGCUAGGCAAGAAGUACAUCGUCGACGGAUAUGGCUCGCCGGCGACACCUGAGGAGUUCAGGUGGUUGAUCGACGAGCAUUUCUUUCUCAACGGCGUGCUCAACAUCGCGGACAUGAUCCCGUGGCUCAGCUGCCUGGACCCGCAGGGGUACAUCAAGGGGAUGAAGAGGUCGGCCAAGAUGUUGGACCUGUUCCUGGAGCACGUGCUGGAUGAGCACAACGAGCGCCGGCGGCGAGAGGGCCAGGGUUUCUUUGCCAUGGACAUGAUGGACGUGCUUUUGGAGCUCGCUGACUGA